UUUGUUUAGCAAGCAAACUUUCGAUUUCAACAUAACGUUUGCAUUCGAACUUUGUGCGCGACGCGUGCUUUAUUUCUUAAUCUUAUCAAUUGUGCGAUAAUCGUAAUUGAUUUUAAUAUUAAAUCGAAACACCUAUCUAACACGCACACAUACAAAUUAUGGCCGUGCAGAGCAAACUGAUCAAAUGCAGCUGCCAGGAGUAUAUCCACCCGUGGACCGCUAGCUGCGUCAACGGCGCAGCCGGAAUUCUUUUAUCCAGCGCACCCAGCUCUAUGCGCACCUACUGCAUUGUCUAUCUACUUGCACUGGUGAUGAAAAUGCGUAUCCCCCGUUUAUUGGACAUUAAGCACACGAUUAUUGGCAUUUUGACAUCGUCGGCCUUUCUCACUACCAAUGCGUAUCUCUUCUCGCUGAUGGUGUGCGUAGUGCGUCGCCUAGUGGGCGGGUUCCACCUGAGCACUGUGGCGUUUAUUCCUACGUUCAUUGCCAGUUUUGCGGCGCUCUGCAUUGAGCGACCGGCACGCCGUACUCCACUGGCACUAUACGUGGCCAACGAGGGCACCGAAGCGCUCUGGAAUAUGUUGGAAGCUCAUGGCCUCGUCCGUUCCAUACCCAAUGGACAGGUCUUAAUACUGGGCUGCAGCCUGACAGCCUUGCUCUACAUGUACCGCCGAGGCGUACACAAGAGCAAAGUGAAAGAUGUCACGUUCAAGGCUCUCGCAGUACUCAUGGCAAAAGGAGAGGAGGGUCCAAUAAAGCCAACAGAGGUGGUACCAAAACAAACCUCGAGCCGGCCUCCGCUCAACCUCCGCAGCAUAUCCGCCUAUGUGCAGCUCUAUGAUCGUCUACGCAAUAGAAAGCAUCCCAGCUGUCCACACCGGGAGGGUUGCGGCACCUACGUGCUGCUUGGCGGCCUGAAGCCGCUGCUGGGCGGGGUUGGACUCCAAGUGGGGCUUAAGCUGCUGCUGAACAUAGGCCGGAUAGUCAAGCUGAAAAUGGACUGGCGCAAACAGAUCUUCAACAGAAACUCUUUGCAACUUGGCCUAGCCUUGGGCAGCUUCUCCCUUAUAUUUAAGGCCGUUUCGUGUGGCCUGCGCAACGCUUGUGGCUAUGACGCCGCCUACUUUGCCAUUCCCGCCGGACUAUUGGGCUCUAUUGGACUGCUGCAGUACCCCAACAUCACGAUCUCGCUGUAUGUGAUGUGGAAAGCACUGCAGAUGCUCUAUAACUGGGGCAGCGAGGAGAAUGUACUGCCAAAGGUACCCCACUUCAAUAUGGUGUUAUAUGCGAGCUUCACAGCUGUGCUCUUCCACUGCGCCAUUCUGGAGGCAAGCUCGAUACGGAACAGCUACUAUAAAUUUCUCGUGAAUAUUUCGGGCAGAAGAAUAAAUUUGUUUGAUAGACGCCCUUUCCAGUCGUUGGGACUGAAAAGCCACGAUCGAUUGCAAGAGGUAAUCAAGAGACUCAAAAUGGAUAUGACGAAUCCUUUGCCCAUCAUGCCGCUGACCGUCUAAUUCUAACA